AAAUCCAUUCUUGUACCGCUUCCCUGAAAAGCUUUUCAGUAAAUGCACUCAUGCUACUACAGGAGCUUCUCUCAGCAAUAAGCCACCCAUCUGCCAUCAACAAGUUAGGACUAAAGGAAGCCACAGCUGCGGAAAAGGAAAACGUGAGCUUCAAUUAACCAGCUGAGCAGCCACGGAGGACGAAAACUUGUGUUAAGAUUUAAAAAUUGCAGACCUGUCAGAGGAGAUCAAGGCAGCAAUUUCAAAAGGAAUAUUCCAAUAGAGCAUCGUGGAUUUUGCACUAAUAUCAAAGGACACUAAACCCAGUCAAUUAUUCAAGGCUGUCUUACAUUAGAGCCUUUCACAGACUCACGGCGUUGAGUCUCAAACUACGACUGAAUGCACCCUCCAAUGUACUCAAAAGAAUGGGCUUACAUUUCAAGUGGCCAUUAGAGGCUCGUAUGCUGGCAGCACUAUAUGCAAUGAGUAUGGUUUUAAAAAUGCUGCCUGCCUUGGGCAUGGCUUGUCCACCAAAAUGUCGCUGUGAGAAGCUGCUCUUUUACUGUGACUCUCAGGGGUUUCACUCAGUGCCAAACACCACUGAAAAGGGCUCGCUAGGUUUGUCACUGAGGCACAAUUAUAUUACUGAACUUGAAAGGGAUCAAUUUGCAAGCUUCAGUCAACUUACUUGGCUUCACUUAGAUCAUAAUCAAAUUGCAACAGUCAGAGAAGAUUCUUUUCAAGGACUGUAUAAACUUAAGGAAUUAGUCUUAAGUUCCAACAAAAUCUUUCAUUUGCCAAACACAACUUUUAGCCAGCUGCUUAACCUGCAGAAUUUGGACCUCUCUUUUAAUCAGUUAUCCUCUCUGCACCCCGAGCUCUUCUACGGCCUUCGCAAGCUACAGACCUUGCACUUGCGAUCCAACUCCCUGCGGACCAUCCCGGUCCGCCUGUUCUGGGACUGUCGUAGCCUGGAAUUCCUGGAUUUGAGCACAAAUCGCUUGCGAAGUUUGGCUCGCAAUGGAUUUGCGGGAUUAAUCAAGCUGAGGGAGCUUCACCUAGAGCACAACCAGCUGACAAAGAUUAAUUUUGCUCACUUCCUCCGGCUGAGCAGCCUGCACACGCUCUUCUUGCAGUGGAACAAAAUUAGCAACUUGACAUGUGGGAUGGAGUGGACCUGGGGCACCUUAGCAAAGCUCGAUUUGACUGGAAACGAAAUCAAAGCCAUCGACCUCACCGUCUUUGAAACUAUGCCUAACCUUAAAACCCUCCUCAUGGAUAACAACAAGCUCACCACUCUGGAUUCCAAAAUCCUGAGCUCACUGACAUCCCUCACCACCGUGGGCCUCUCCGGCAAUCUGUGGGAAUGCAGCUCAAAGAUCUGCGCCUUGGCCACAUGGUUGAGUGGCUUCCAAGGUCGGUGGGAGCACGCCAUCCUCUGCCACAGCCCCGACCACACCCAGGGAGAGGAUAUUCUGGAUGCAGUGUAUGGCUUUCAGCUUUGCUGGAAUUUAUCGACUGUGGUUACCCCUGUGGCUACGACACCGUACACAGCUCCAACUACCGAGUACACGAAAAGAAUAAGCUCUUCUCAUUUCCAUGUGGGAGACAAAGAGAUUCCAACUACAGCAGGCAUGGUCGUUACCACCGAAGAACAGUUCCCCGAGCCAAACAAUGCCAUCUUCACUCAGAGGGUAAUUACAGGAACAAUGGCUUUAUUGUUUUCUUUCUUUUUUAUCAUUUUUAUAGUGUUCAUCUCCAGGAAGUGCUGCCCUCCCACACUAAGAAGAAUUAGGCAGUGCUCAAUGAUUCAAAACCACAGGCAGCUCCGAUCCCAAACGCGGCUGCAUAUGGCCAAUAUGUCAGACCAAGGACCCUAUAACGAGUACGAACCCACCCACGAAGGACCCUUCAUCAUCAUCAAUGGCUACGGACAGUGCAAGUGCCAGCAGCUGCCCUAUAAAGAAUGUGAAGUAUAAUACCUACAGCCC